GUACGUGCCAGAUGUCAGAGGACGGCGGCCGAGGGGACCUUUCUUCACGCGAGGAGGACACCAGCAAGGUAUUCACUCUCGAGAGCUCGAGGAGGAAGGUGUCCUAAGCUGAAGAGAUAAAGAUGGCGUUGCGAGGAACACUGGCGAGACUGCCUGCCCUGAGGACUUUGAGCACAAGUCCGAGAAUGCUUGCCGUUCCUGCCAGGCAGACCCACAGCACGGAGGACAGGCGCAAGGAUAUGAUUAUCCAGGCUGCCCCCGUCGCUGCGGCUGCGUGUGGUAGUGCCAUCCCUGUGGGAAGACUGGGACUGAGAGAUCAUCAUGUUAACAGACUGGAAAAAUACUUAUUGGUUUGGGGCGGAAAGUACAAGAAUGUUGAAGACGUUCCCGACUUGGUGAGCCAAGAUUCCUUGGAACGUGCACGCAACAAGGCAAGAAUCAAGAUCAACAUCUGGAUGGGCGUCGCCACCCUGCUCGGCUGCGUCUACAUGAUCUGGUCGGGCAAGAAGGCUCACCGGGAAGGCCAGAGUCUCCUGAACAUGAACGUGGAGUGGCACAGGAGAGUCAACGAGGAGGCGAGGCUGGCCAGAGAGAGACAGGGGCGUUUGAAUGAGAUGCCACAGCUGUAGAGAGGGAAUCUGUGCACGCUAGGCGAUGCUGAUUUGAUUUUUGGUUUGUUUCGUCAAGUUGGGAGAUUGGGAGACUCAUUUCCCUAUAUUUUCAGUUUUGGAAGUUAUGUUGAAAGAAGGAGAUGAAGAGUGGUGGAUCUGGGUUUGUGUUUCUGGUUGUUUUGUGGAGUUGAGGAAAGGCAGUUAGAGAAGAGAAUGCUCUGCAGAAUAACCUUUCCAGUAGUGGGAAAAGUGUCGUAUUUCCUAAAUAACCGUUGGAGAUUUUUUAUAUACAUAGCAUAUGAAACAGUGCUUUGCAGGCGUGAUCAUAUGACCCAACCAAUGACAAAACUAGGUUUGUCUACAGUUUAAUGGGCUUUGUUAGAGGAAAAACCAUCUUGGUCUUGAUUUAUUCACCUUCAUUCCUCCCAUCAAUUGACAGGAUAUUAUUCACAGGAAAGUCUGAAGAAGAGUAUCCACAGUCAAGUAAACCCUAGUAACCUCAUUACAACAGUGACAUUCCUUACCAACUGCCCCUAACAAGGUACGUUGUGGUGAACUGGUCAUUGAGGAACACAGAGACGAUGCCUUACGAUGGACCAGCACAAUUCGGAGAAGCGUGUGUGUGUUCAGAAUGCGAUUUCACGUAGGCUUAAUACACUCACGACUUCCUGUCAAGAGGCCCAGUCACUGCAUUCUCCCUCACCUCAGAGACCAAGUCUAGAUGCUAGUUCUCACACCGAAGACCAUGAUCGGGGUUUUAGUGUAAGCUUUAUUGCAAGCAGCUUAAUUUUACAGAGGAAGUGUGCAGUCCUCUGUUUAUUAUCACAACGCGAGACUAAAAUGGUGUGUGUUGUGGUUGAUACUUGGUUUUGUGCAACCGAAUACCAACUGGAUUUACUAUCGCCAUCAACCACCUCCGUUGCCUUCGAGAAAGUCAAAUUCUACCAUGUACUGUUUCAAGUCUUCUAGUGUUUAGAAUAAGGAGAUAUUUUUAUAAUCUUUAAAAUUAUGAGCGUUUAAAAAAAAAAUAAUUCAAACCUCAUAAAAAAAGGUAAAAAAAGAAAAUAAUUACAUCUGUAUGAAUUUAAGCUUGGCAUACUGUGGUGUGCUAGAAGAGAACAAGAGACCGAGAAAGAUAACUUGCUCUCAACAUAUCAUUUUUUUGCUGACAUUUCUUUGUCCGAGUUGGAUGGGGAUCAGCAGAAUGUAUUUUUUCACAUUAGUCUGUCUUUUCAGAGAGACUAUCUUAGGAAGUGUAAGGAAGUGAAACAUAUUUUGUCGGCAAGGGAGGACUAAUGGUAAUGAUUAAAAUUAAGAUAUUGUGCUUCUUUAUUAUAUGGAGUCACUUCCGAUGACGCCAGGACAAUAUUACGUAGGACUGUGUGGAAAUCUGUUUAACAAGAAAACGUCGAUUUAAAGAGAAGAAAACUUUACAAUAUGUUUAUAGGUGUAUAGAGUAUUGUGAAUUUCCAUUUUAAAACAUGUACUUUCUUCCGGCGACCCUUAAGACAAUAAUAAAUAACAUCGUGUAUUUUGGUAUAAUGAUAA